CUAAUUCAAGAUGGUGGAAAGAUUUCUGCUGCGUCGCAUGAGUAAAACGUGAAAAACGAUCAUUUUGUUUCGAAAAAGUGCAUUUAAAAACAAGUGGGCAGCGGGAAAAACAUAAACAUUCGCCAGCGACCGUAUGCAAGUGAGCUCCCUGUAUUUAAUGAGCGCUACAAGGCAACUGUGUGUGCUACCACGACAAUAUAAUGAGCCAGGCACUCAAUGAAUCGGCGAAUAGUAUUGGCUCAGACGAACAAGAUGACACUCGGGAAGAGACCAAUGGCACCGACCAUAGUGGCAGCGGCAGCGGUUCUUCUUCCGGCUCAGACUCAGAUUCAGACAGCUCCUCGGGCAACUCUAGCGAUGGACGCAGUUCGCCAGAGCCCGAGGACAAAUCGUUACCGGUGGCAGGGUUUCCACCGACAGCCGCUGCUGCCCAGGCGGACAGCAAGACGAACGGGUUCACAGAUGACCAGGAGGACAGCUCCAGUGACGGGUCCAGUGGCAGCGAUUCCGAUUCAGACGCCGAGGGUCCAUCAGAUCAAAGGGAUCAGAGCAUUAACAAUGCCAACUCAAGCAGCAGUUUGUCCAAGCCGGAGCAGAAUGAGGAGGAGGACAAUGAGACUGAGGCUGGUCAGCAGCAGCCAGCCAGCGAUGCCUCUGCGGAUGAAGCAAGUGAUAGUUCUGCCAAUGUCUCACCCACAUCCUCCAGCAGCAGCAGUGAGGAGGAAGAGGAGGACUACAGACCCAAACGGACGCGCCAGGCGCGCAAACCACCGACUGCUGCUGAGAAAUCCAGAAAAGCUCCUGCACCCAAGAACAAGAAGAAAACCUGGGACUCGGACGAAAGCGAUGAAAGCGAGGACAGUGAUGAGGAGGUGUCCACCGCCCACAAGCGCAAGCCGGCAGCAACUACCUCUAGAAGCAAACUCGCACAGCAACAGCAGCGGCGCAGGGUGAAGUCCUUCAGUUCCGAGGACAGUGAUGAUGACGACGCUAGUAAACGCUGUGCCACUCGUCGCAAGGGUGCUGCCGUUAGCUACAAGGAGGCCUCGGAGGACGAAGCCACCGACUCCGAGGAUCUGCUAGAGUUUGAGUACGAUGAAAGCCAGGCAGCCACCACUGCUGCUACAGCCGAGGAGGAGGAAAAGUGCGAAACCAUCGAGCGCAUCCUGGCGCAGCGUGCUGGGAAGAAGGGAUGCACUGGCAACCAGACAACGAUCUACGCAAUCGAGGAAAAUGGCUUCGAUCCAAAUGCUGGGUUUGAUGAAAAGCAAAGUUCAGACGCGGAGACCGAGUCACAGUUUCUGAUCAAGUGGAAGGGCUGGUCGUACAUCCACAACACCUGGGAAUCUGAGGCCACCUUGCGUGAUAUGAAGGCCAAGGGCAUGAAGAAGCUGGAUAACUUCAUUAAAAAGGAGCAGGAGCAGGCCUACUGGCGUCGAUACGCUGGCCCCGAGGAUAUCGACUACUUCGAGUGUCAGCUGGAGCUGCAGCACGAGCUGCUGAAGUCGUACAACAAUGUGGACCGCAUCAUUGCCAAGGGCUCUAAGCCAGACGACGGCACCGAGGAGUAUCUGUGCAAAUGGCAGUCGCUCCCGUACGCCGAGUCCACAUGGGAGGAUGCCGCCCUGGUGCUUCGCAAGUGGCAACGCUGCGCAGAGCACUUCAACGACCGCGAGUCCUCCAAAUGCACACCCUCCCGCCACUGCAGAGUGAUCAAGUAUCGCCCAAAGUUCUCUCGAAUAAAGAACCAGCCGGAAUUUCUCGCGGCGGGCCUAACUCUUAGGGAUUACCAAAUGGACGGUCUGAACUGGCUGCUGCACUCAUGGUGCAAGGAGAACUCGGUGAUCCUGGCCGAUGAGAUGGGCCUCGGCAAGACCAUCCAAACUAUUUGCUUCCUGUACUCGCUAUUCAAGCUCCAUCACCUGUACGGGCCGUUUCUGUGCGUGGUGCCACUUAGCACAAUGACAGCCUGGCAGCGGGAGUUUGACCUGUGGGCGCCGGACAUGAAUGUAGUCACGUACCUCGGGGACAUUAAAUCGCGCGAGCUCAUUCAGCAGUACGAGUGGCAGUUUGAGGGCUCCAAGCGGCUCAAGUUCAAUUGCAUUCUCACAACGUACGAGAUUGUGCUCAAGGACAAGCAAUUCCUGGGCACGCUCCAGUGGGCUGCUCUCCUGGUGGACGAGGCACAUCGCCUUAAGAACGACGACUCACUGCUUUACAAGUCGCUGAAGGAGUUCGACACCAACCAUCGUCUGCUCAUAACAGGUACGCCGCUGCAGAACUCGUUAAAGGAGCUCUGGGCUUUGCUGCACUUCAUCAUGCCGGAUAAGUUUGACACGUGGGAGAAUUUCGAGGUGCAGCACGGCAAUGCCGAGGACAAGGGCUACACUCGGUUGCAUCAGCAGCUGGAGCCGUAUAUUCUGCGGAGAGUGAAGAAGGAUGUGGAGAAAUCGCUGCCGGCUAAAGUGGAGCAGAUCCUGCGGGUCGAGAUGACCUCGUUGCAGAAACAGUACUACAAGUGGAUUCUUACAAAGAACUUUGAUGCGUUGCGCAAGGGAAAGCGCGGCAGCACCUCCACUUUCCUCAACAUAGUCAUCGAGCUGAAGAAGUGCUGCAACCACGCCGCUCUCAUCCGGCCCUCCGAGUUUGAGCUUAUGGGUCUGCAGCAGGAUGAGGCACUGCAAACUCUACUGAAGGGAUCCGGAAAGCUUGUGUUGCUCGACAAGCUACUCUGCCGACUGAAAGAGACGGGCCACCGCGUGCUGAUUUUUUCCCAAAUGGUGCGCAUGCUGGAUGUGCUGGCUGACUAUCUGCAGAAGCGUCACUUUCCGUUCCAGCGCCUCGACGGCAGCAUAAAGGGAGAGAUGCGGCGCCAGGCUCUGGAUCACUUCAAUGCCGAGGGCAGCCAGGACUUUUGUUUCCUGCUGUCGACAAGGGCUGGUGGAUUGGGCAUUAACUUGGCCACAGCCGAUACGGUGAUUAUCUUCGACUCUGACUGGAACCCUCAAAACGAUUUACAAGCGCAGGCGAGAGCGCAUCGAAUCGGUCAGAAAAACCAGGUUAACAUUUAUCGCCUGGUCACCGCGCGAUCGGUGGAGGAACAGAUCGUGGAGCGAGCCAAACAGAAAAUGGUGCUGGACCACCUGGUCAUUCAGCGGAUGGACACUACCGGACGCACUGUCCUGGAUAAGAGCGGCAACGGGCACUCGUCUAACUCAAAUCCGUUCAACAAGGACGAUCUUUCUGCCAUCUUGAAGUUUGGUGCAGAGGAGCUGUUCAAGGACGAACAGGAGCAUGACGACGACUUGGUUUGUGACAUUGAUGAAAUCCUGCGCAGGGCCGAGACCCGCAACGAAGACCCGGAAAUGCCAGCAGACGACCUCUUAUCCGCUUUCAAAGUAGCCAGCAUAGCUGCAUUCGAAGAGGAACCAAGUGAUUCGGUUAACAAGCAGGACCAAAAUGCCGCCGGCGAAGAGGAUGACAGUAAGGACUGGGACGACAUCAUUCCGGAGGGCUUCCGCAAAGCGAUCGACGAUCAGGAGCGAGCCAAGGAGAUGGAAGAUCUCUACUUGCCACCCCGAAGAAAAACUGCCGCUAACCAAAACGAAGGCAAGCGUGGAGCCGGCAAGGGAGGCAAGGCGAAGCAGCAGGCAGACGACUCCGGUGGCGACUCGGACUACGAGCUGGGCUCCGAUGGCAGUGGUGACGAUGGACGACCACGCAAGCGCGGGCGGCCUACCAUGAAGGAGAAGAUCACCGGAUUCACGGAUGCGGAGUUGCGUCGCUUCAUUCGCAGUUACAAAAAGUUUCCCGCUCCUCUCCAACGCAUGGAGGCCAUCGCAUGUGAUGCUGAGCUGCAAGAGAAGCCACUCGCGGAACUAAAGCGCCUCGGAGAGAUGCUGCAUGACCGCUGCGUUCAGUUUCUGCACGAGCACAAGGAGGAAGAGAGUAAGACUGCGGCGACGGACGAGACGCCGGGCGCCAAGCAGCGCCGCGCACGCGCCACCUUCUCCGUGAAGCUGGGUGGCGUCUCUUUUAAUGCCAAAAAGCUGCUGGCCUGUGAGCAGGAGCUUCAGCCGCUCAAUGAGAUCAUGCCCAGCAUACCCGAGGAGCGCCAGCAAUGGAGCUUCAAUAUCAAGACACGCGCACCGGUCUUUGACGUAGAGUGGGGCAACGAGGAGGACACCAAACUACUGUGCGGCAUUUUCCAGUACGGCAUUGGAUCCUGGGAGCAGAUGAAGCUGGACCCUACGCUUAAGCUGACCGACAAGAUUUUGCUAAACGACACGCGCAAGCCGCAGGCCAAACAGCUGCAGUCGCGUGCCGAGUACCUGCUCAAGAUCAUCAAGAAGAACGUGGAGCUGACCAAGGGAGGACAACGACGACAACGGCGUCCUCGAGCAUCGCGAGUCAACGAUGCCAAGGCGGCAAGCCAGUCUGCUAGUUCGGCCAUCGAUGGUAAGUCGCACGAUGGCGAGGACGCUGGUGGCGAUGCACGCACCGUCACCGAAAGCAGCAACAGUCAAGUAGAUCCAUCCACCGCGUCGCCGCACAAUGUUCCAGCCGCGGAACAGCACGGCGGCACUGCGAAGAAAGCCAAGAAAUCGAAGGCUCGGUCAAAGAAGACCAGCGCCUCGGACAACAACGGCAACAAGCCGAUGCACUUUACGGCGAACAAUGAACCAAGAGCUUUGGAGGUGCUGGGUGACCUAGAUCCCAGCAUAUUCAAUGAGUGCAAGGAAAAGAUGCGGCCGGUGAAAAAGGCCCUGAAGGCGCUGGACCAGCCGGACGUCAGUCUCUCCGACCAGGAUCAGCUGCAGCACACCAGAGAUUGCCUGCUUCAAAUUGGCAAGCAGAUCGAUGUUUGCCUCAAUCCCUACGCCGAGACAGAGAAAAAGGAAUGGCGCAGUAACCUGUGGUACUUUGUGUCCAAGUUCACUGAGCUGGAUGCCAAGCGCCUUUUCAAAAUCUACAAGCACGCACUCAAGCAGAAAGCGGGCGGCGAGGCGAAGGGAAAAGACAAGGACUCGCCAGACAGUCCGGCCAAGUCCAAACGAAACGGCGUGACGGCUGAAGAAAAGGACAAGGAGCGAGACAAAAGUGGGGGCAAAAAGAAGAAAAAGGACAAGGACAAGGAACGCAGUGGACAGUUGCGAUAUCCGGAAACGGGUGCACCCUCCUCUGGUCGUUACGCAAACGACUCUCCCCUGAAGCGCAAGCGUGAUGAGAACGACGCUGAUGCAAGCAGCGGAUUGGCUGGUGCCCCCGGCGGAGGUAUCGGCGACCACCUCAAGUCCAUGUCCUUCAAGCGGUUGAACAUGGAACGCCACGAGGACCGUAAGAAGCACCAUCGCGGUGCUGACUACUACGGUGGCAGUGGCCCACCCAUGGGAAGUGGGGGCUAUGAAGGCGGCAGCAAUUCCCGGCGCCAGGGUCCCACCUCCCCAUCUACGCCUCGCGGAGGCCGGGGCGGCUAUGAUCCACCGCCCGCGCCAUCCGGCUACACCCCGGAAAUGGAGCGGUGGCAUUCCCGCGAAAGAUACAGCCAGGAAUACAAACGGGAGCGCUACGAUGGAUAUCCACGCAGUGGAGGAGGUCAAGGCAGUUACCAUCGCGAACGCGAUCGACGUCCUGACAAGCGCAGAUAUCCCUCUGGCUUGCCACCGCAUCCUUACUCAAGCCACUACCUGCCGCCCAACUACUAUGGAUUGCCGAAUGGAUCCGUUCCAGUCCUGCCGCCACCAUCGUCCGGUUACCGCAGUGAUCCGCGCGGAUAUCCGGUCAUGCCGCGAGACUAUCCUGCCGACUACAGACGCAGCGACUACGAGCGACGCACGCAGACCUGAGGAGUCGGCUCUGAAGCCCGACUGUCUAUUGUACAUAGAACACCUAGACUUAAGCGCGGCUGGCGGGGCAUCGUCCUGGCCAGCCACUCGACACAGAAAAACCAACCUGCAUACAGUACGUUAAGCGUAGCUCCAUACACCUGUACAAGUAAUACCUAGCAGCUAACUAUACAUACUUCUAUAAAUACUAUACUAUACAUCCGAUCGCACAGAGGGCCGGCACUGCAUCAUCCAGGGUUUAGCGGCAAUACCUGCAACCUAAUCUUAGACUUUCUGUGUAUAAAUCGUAGGCUUUAACUCGUUCAUCAUUGCGAAACAUCAUUUUUAUACUACCCAACUGGUGAAUGCGUGCUGUGUGGUUUAUUAGGUGGCCCGCGAUGCAAACAAGUCGUUCAAAAGCUUUUAAACCAACAACAAAUUCUCACUAUAUUUAAACACUAUGAUAUGAUAUGUUUGUAAACACAAAAGCAAUGGGGCCCGUUGAAGAAUCGUAUCAAGGUUAUUAAAGCAAGCAGCAGACUAA